ACUGGAAAAAUAUACUACAGAGCAAUGUUGAAGAACAGGUUUCCAGCUGUUCUGAAGACGGAGGAGGAAAGCAGGGUGUUACAGGACUUCCAUGUAGUUGACGUAGAGAUUCCAGGGCAGUAUUUCAGUGAUCAGGAAAUUGCACCUGAUCACACAAUAAAGUUAGAUCGUGUUGGAGCUGAUAUACAAAUUGUUAGAAGGCAUGGAAGCAGCUUUCGUCGUUUGACUCUGAUUGGCUCUGACGGUUCUCAACGGCAUUUCAUUGUCCAGACAUCUUUGACUCCUAAUGCUAGAAGUGAUGAGCGGACACUGCAACUCUUCCAUGUAAUGAACCAAAUGUUUGAUAAACACAAGGAAUCCCGACGACGUCAUAUAUGCAUUCACACACCAAUUAUAAUUCCUGUUUGGUCACAGGUGCGCAUGGUUGAAGAUAAUUUGAUGUACAGCACAUUCCUCGAGGUGUAUGAAAACCACUGUGCAAGAAAUGACCGAGAGGCAGAUCUUCCCAUUACCUACUUCAAGGAGAAAUUAAACCAGGCCAUAUUGGGGCAAAUUUCCUCUGAAGCUGUGGUAGAUCACCGCCUACAAGCAUACAAUGAUAUAACAAAAAAUCUUAUAACGGAUGGUAUCUUUUCCCAGUACAUGUACAAGACCCUACCAAGUGGUAAUCAUAUCUGGGCUUUCAAAAAGCAAUUUGCUGUCCAGUUAGCUCUGUCGAGUUUCAUGUCUUUCAUGCUACAAAUUGGGGGAAGGUCUCCGAAUAAGAUAUUAUUCACGAAAAACACGGGGAAGAUAUUCCAAAUAGAUUUUCAUCCUGCAUAUGAUGCAAAUGGGAUGAUCGAAUUUGGCGAACCAGUGCCUUUCCGUCUGACAAGGAAUAUGCAAGCAUUCUUCUCCCAUUUUGGUAUGGAAGGCUUAGUCGUAUCUUCAAUGUGCGCUGCCGCACAGGCCAUAGUCUCUCCCAAGCAAACGCAGCUUCUGUGGUAUCAGCUAGCCAUGUUUUUCCGCGAUGAGCUGCUUUCAUGGUCUUGGAGAAGACCAGGGAUGCCACUUGCCCCUACCGCUGGAGGUGGUAGCAUGAAUCCUGCCGACUUCAAACACAAGGUUAUUACCAAUGUUGAGAAUGUUAUUGGCCGGAUCAAUGGAAUAGCACCAGAGUGUUUGUCUGAAGAGGAGGAGAAUGUAAUGGAGCAACCGCAAUCAGUACAGAGGGGUGUAACUCAGUUAGUUGAGGCUGCCCUGCUACCCAGGAAUUUAUGUAUGAUGGAUCCUACGUGGCAUCCUUGGUUUUGAUGGAUCCAUUUGUAUUUUUGGUACGCCACGUGACAGUGUUGUAGAUAAUUAAUUUAACAAUGUAGAAAUUGUUCACAUAAUUGAUUU